ACAAGCACAAGAAUAACAAUAUGAAUCGCUGUCUUUGGUGUGCAUUUUCUAUUAUAAGUUGAAAUAUAUGAUCGUAAUUUGUUUACUUUAACCGUUUGUAACCAUUAUGUUCCGCAAGUGCACUUUCUGGGGUGUAAUAUUAGUCCAAACAGUUGGAAACUAUUGCAUUUUGCAACGAAAGCGAGAUUUUCUAUUGGCCAAAUGUAGGUAGGUCCCGCCCCGUGUCGUUCCGUUUGUUUCUGUUAAAGAAACGUUUUGCAACAGAAUUGGCGUAAUGAAUACGCCCCAGUUGGAUCUACCCUCAAAACUUCGUUACCCAUGAAGCAAUGCUAUCAGCCAGUGCGUUGCUGUGCGUCAAGUCCAACCACUGUGCCAAGCGAAGAAGAAAGGUGGAGACGUACAAGCUAGCUCAAACGAUAUGCUACCAAUGCAGUUAAAUUUGUGACGACUACAUUAGAAAAGAUAGGUCAACUCUGUGCCUGCUUGGCUCUAAAUCGUAACAACCUUUCCCCCUGCCCCGGCUAUAGCGCACAUAGAUAUGAGCGGCAGCGGGCGGCCCAGGACCAGCUCGUUUGCUGAGCCUCCAGGGGCUCCCGGAGCCGCUUCAGCCGCCGCCGGAUCGUCUGUUACCGGAGGGAGUUCUGCAGGAAAAUCUGGGGCUUCACAGGCCACAGGGAGCAGCUCGACUGGCUUCGGAAAUUUGAAACUAGCCCGAGACAGUGGCAAGGUGACGACUGUGGUGGCCACACCAGGCCAGGGUCCAGACCGCCCACAGGAGGUGUCCUACACAGACAUCAAGGUGAUCGGGAAUGGUUCCUUCGGCGUGGUGUACCAGGCCCGCCUCAUUGACAGCCAGGAGAUGGUGGCCAUCAAGAAGGUUCUGCAGGAUAAGAGGUUUAAGAACCGAGAACUACAGAUCAUGAGGAAAUUGGACCACUGCAACAUUGUCAGGCUACGUUACUUUUUCUACUCCAGUGGGGAGAAGAAAGACGAAGUGUAUCUGAACCUAGUGCUGGACUUUGUCCCAGAGACGGUGUAUAGGGUGGCCCGGCACUUCAACAAGGCCAAGACCACCAUCCCCAUUAUAUACGUCAAGGUGUACAUGUACCAGCUGUUCCGCAGUCUGGCCUAUAUCCAUUCCCAGGGCGUGUGUCACAGAGACAUCAAACCCCAGAACCUGCUGGUGGACCCCGAGACGGCCAUCCUCAAACUCUGUGACUUCGGCAGUGCUAAGCAGCUUGUUCGCGGGGAGCCCAACGUGUCCUACAUCUGCUCGCGGUACUACCGUGCCCCCGAGCUCAUCUUUGGCGCCACGGACUACACGUCCAACAUUGACAUCUGGUCAGCGGGCUGCGUGCUGGCCGAACUGCUGCUGGGACAGCCCAUCUUCCGCCGGGGACAGCGGAGUGGAACCAACUGGCAGAGAUUCAUCAAGGUAGAGAAGAGGGGAGCUACUGAGCCGCACACCAAAUCUGUCUAUGUUGGCGGCAGGAGUGCUCAUUCUUGGAGGAACUUCAUGCAUCUUUCACUCUUCCAGGUUUUGGGGACUCCAACGAGAGAGCAGAUCCGAGAGAUGAACCCCAACUACACAGAGUUCAAAUUCCCCCAGAUCAAAGCACACCCCUGGACAAAGGUGUUUAAGCCGCGUACCCCCCCGGAGGCCAUCUCCCUGUGUUCCCGUCUGUUAGAGUACACCCCUGUGACCAGGCUGUCCCCCCUGGAGGCCUGCGCCCACGCCUUCUUCGAAGAGCUGCGCCAGCCCACUGCCCAUCUGCCCAGCGGACGAGAACUGCCCCUCCUCUUCAACUUCAGCCCCGUCGGUGAGUCCACACCCCUCCCCCCUCUGUUUGGCCCUCCCUCAGUCAGUAGCCAUGCCCUCCUCUGUUUGGCCCUCCCUCGGUCAGUAGCCGUGCCUCUUGUUGGCUCCCGGUCAGUAGCCAUGCCUCCUCUGUUUGUCCUCCUCAAUGGCAGUGUGUCGGACAGUACCGCCCAGCCCAGCUCAGUACCUGGAUCCAUCAACAGCACCUGA